GCCAGCUCCUCUGGCAGCAGAGGGGGGCAGGUGACAGGCAGGCAUCGCAGCUGAGACAGUGAGGAGGCGCCUGGGAAGCGGAAACCUGGGAGAAGUCCAGCCAGAGCCCAAGAGCCAGAACUACCCCUCGACCUGUGCACCAUGGGGGAGAUGGAGCAGCUGAGGCAGGAGGCGGAGCAGCUCAAGAAGCAGAUCGCUGAUGCCAGGAAAGCCUGUGCGGACAUCACUCUGGCUGAGCUCGUGUCUGGCCUGGAGGUGGUGGGGCGAGUCCAGAUGCGGACACGGAGGACAUUAAGGGGACACCUGGCCAAGAUCUAUGCCAUGCACUGGGCCACUGACUCUAAGCUGCUGGUAAGUGCCUCACAAGAUGGAAAGCUGAUCGUGUGGGACACUUACACCACCAAUAAGGUACAUGCUAUCCCACUGCGUUCUUCCUGGGUCAUGACCUGUGCCUAUGCACCAUCAGGGAACUUUGUGGCCUGUGGGGGGCUGGACAACAUGUGCUCAAUCUACAGCCUCAAAUCCCGUGAGGGCAAUGUCAAGGUCAGCCGGGAACUCUCUGCUCAUACAGGUUAUCUCUCCUGUUGCCGAUUCCUGGAUGACAACAACAUUGUGACUAGCUCUGGGGACACCACGUGUGCCUUGUGGGACAUUGAGACAGGGCAGCAGAAGACAGUGUUUGUGGGACAUACUGGUGACUGCAUGAGCCUGGCUGUGUCCCCAGACUACAAACUCUUCAUUUCUGGAGCUUGUGAUGCCAGCGCCAAGCUCUGGGAUGUGAGGGAAGGAAGCUGUCGACAGACUUUCACUGGCCAUGAGUCAGACAUCAAUGCCAUCUGUUUCUUUCCCAAUGGGGAGGCUAUCUGCACUGGCUCAGAUGACGCCUCCUGCCGCCUCUUUGACCUGAGGGCAGACCAGGAACUGAUUGCCUACUCCCACGAGAGCAUCAUCUGUGGCAUCACGUCUGUAGCCUUCUCGCUCAGCGGUCGCCUGCUCUUCGCGGGCUACGAUGACUUCAACUGCAAUGUCUGGGACUCUCUGAAGUGUGAGCGCGUAGGUGUACUCUCUGGCCAUGACAACAGAGUCAGCUGCCUGGGGGUCACAGCUGAUGGGAUGGCUGUGGCCACUGGUUCCUGGGAUAGCUUCCUCAAAAUCUGGAACUGAGGAGGCUAGAGGAAGAGGUGGGAAGCUGUGAAGGUUCUCGGCUGGCCCCUCCUAUGCCCCACCUCCUUAGGUCAGUCUUCUAUACCCCAGGGCCAUUCCAGUACAUUUCCUUUUAAGAGCAGGUGGGAUUAUGGGAGUGUGCCUUUGGAAGCAUGAGGGACACAAGGGCAAGAACUGCUCCCUUUCUUCCACGGCUUCUCCCUAAUAAAAAAGAACAGACCCCUUCCCCACCCUAGGGUCCUCCUGGGCCACCUUUGUCCAGACCGGGAGUGGCCAGAGUGCUCAGCCCACGACUAAGGAUGUCGCUCCUAGUUUCCUGGCGUACUUCCCGCCACUCUCUCCUUUUCUGCCCCUUUGUUUUCUCUUAUUACCUAAUAAAAUGUAGCAUCCUGGUA